UCCGUUUUUCCAGGCUGUUUUCCCAGUUUCCUUCAUAAUUUCGAACGCGAAGUUGGUCAAACUUUGUAAAGUAGUCAGAAGUAAAUUAUAGUUUUUAAUAACAGGAAUUUCAUUACAGAGAUGCCUCAAAUAAUAUUGCUAUUCAGCGGUAAGAGAAAAUCUGGGAAGGACUUUUUAACAACACAUUUACAGAAAUUGCUAGGUGACAAAUGCGAAGUGUUAAAAAUAUCUCAGCCGAUAAAGAGUCACUGGGCAAAGGAGAAAAAUUUGAAUCUGAAUGAGCUGUUGGGUGACGGAGAGUACAAGGAACAAUACCGCCUAGAUAUGAUCAACUGGAGUGACGAGAUGAGAUUACAAGAUUAUGGUUAUUUCUGUAGGAUCGCUUGUCAGGAUGCUACAGAGAAGCCAAUUUGGAUUGUGAGUGAUAUCAGAAGAAAAACAGACAUACGCUGGUUCAAAGAAAAAUAUGGGGAUCAAAUUAGGACUAUUAGGAUAGUAGCAGAUGAAGAUACGAGAAAGAAAAGAGGUUUUCAGUUUAAAUCUGGAGUUGACGAUGUUGCUUCUGAGUGUAACUUAGAUGAUUAUACUGACUGGGAUCUGGUUAUAGACAAUAGUGAAGGAAAACAGGAGGUGGAAGAACAAUUGAGUAGUAUAUUGGGAUUGCUGUCUGGUUUAUGAUUAUAGAUAAGAUCCAUAUAUAAAGAAAUCGUGUAGUAAGCAUCAGAUGCUGUUGUAUAUUUGUAUCUUUUAUAUGUAUACAUUGGUACAGAUUUUAAGUUAUAAGCUUUAUGUUAAAGCUUCAAACAAAUGGUGACAAUAAAUAGCAACAACAUGCUUUAUAUUAUGAUGUAAGAAUCUGCAGGUUAAACACAGGAUGCAUUGUCUGUUUUAACCGAAAUAUGGCAUCUAGGUAUAUUUGAGGUAUUCUUCUGGGUGAUGGUAGAAUUAUAAUUUGUAUUUCUUAUGCUAAAAUAUUUAAUCUAUGCAUGAAGUGAGUAGUUUCAGGUUUAUUUGGAAUUUUUAUGAAAGAGAUCUUUUAACAUACUACCUCAGUACAAGUGGUAUGGUAUAUACUAAGUAUUCAGUGAAUCGUUGAUGUGAUGUUGGUAAAAUGAUGAUGAUCUCUGGACAUGAAAACAUAUAAUAAUAAAAUUAAGGCUGCUUGUGUUGUUUGUAUGUGCUUGGUACUGGGUUUAAUCCUUUGACAUGUCAAUUUAUUUUACAAUAAUGUAUUACGAAAAUAAACUGAAUAGUAUAAAACUAUGAUAUUAAUAUUUAUGAAUCUCUAUUGUUAAAUUUAUUUUAUCUCUAGCAAGGUUGUGGCGCGGAUAUUCUCAUUAUAAUAAUUUACAGAUUUUGUUGGAAUUUAAGUGUGUUGUUUUUUGCCGCGCUAUGGGAUCGUGUCUUUUUUAACUUUUUUAAUAACUUCCCUGUCCCAUGAGUCAUAUGUGAUACACACCAAUUGUUUAACUAUUGUGUCUACAUCAUGGACAGUGAAGUGGUUAAUUUUUGAAGAGAGAUAAAUCGUUAAACUAAAUUGCUGAAAUGAGGAAAAAUAAAGAACGAGAGACUUUA